AUCGAGGCGCGCCGAAAUGUGGCAACAAGUUGUCGAACGUGAGCCAGCCAACAUAGAGAGAGUACUCCCCCGUUAGCCAGUGGACAACUGUUGUUGUUGUAAUCAAGCUAGUGUUGAGUUCUCUCUCGUUCUAAACCCAGUGGAUAUUUUUAUAAUGAAUUGAAAUAAAGAGGUUUUAAUUUUUCAUUGCUCCUUUUCUUGGGGCGCUACUGACCGUCCACUGUUGUGUAAAGAAAUGAAGUCGUGUUUUUAAAAACACAUUGGGGAAUUAGGGAAGUGAGUACUAAAUGAAUAUUUGACUCAAACUGUGGACACAAGAGGGCGAGACUGGAGAAAGAGUCAUAGACUGGAGAAAGAGUCAAGACGUCAUAAUAUAAGCAUCGAAGAGACAUCGUUGGAUUUAUUAUGGUUCUCAAAGAGUAACAGUCGGAAUAUUUCGAAGAGCUCAAGACGCUUUUGUUUUCUUUUUGAAGUUAAUGAAAGCACACCAUCGCCAGUAAUGUAGCUAAACAAGUUGAAAGGAGAUAAAAGAGUUUUUAAAAAAGGACAUUUCAGACUUUGGCGCCAUUAAGAGCGUCCUUUUAAGUCAUCGGAAAACCUGUUAAAAAUACUUAAAACAGUCUCAUGAUGGAAAGAGAAAAGGAUUUAUCAAGGUAGAGAACUGCCAGGUAGAAUAAUAAAACUCCUGUCUACCUAGAAAAAUCAUCAGCGGCAACCCUGUGCACAGUUUUGGAAGACUCUUGAAUCUCAAAAGAGUUUCCUCCCCAUGCAUCGCAAGCAGAUCAAACCGGAACACGACUACCCAAUGAGCACAAUGGAAGAGAGAGAGGUGUUGAACUCGGAGCCCUUGAGCAAUGGCAGUCGUCCACCGUCCACCGUGCUGGCCACCAACAACAGCAGCCCGACCCACGAGAAAAAGAGGAAAUUUCUGGAUGAAGACGAAGAUGAGGAACCGGUCAAGUUAACCAACCGAGAUCUGUUGGUCUAUUACGCUCAGAACUCGACCAUGCACGGCGUGCCGUCCAUUGUGGGCUCAGAACUUUACAGAGGGAGACAUGUCUUCUGGAUGUUUGUAGUUUGUGUCAUGGCAUUGUUUCUAGGGACUGUCAUCUACUGGCAGAUGUCUGACUACUACAACUACCCUACUGUCACAAGUGUUGACAUUCGCUACGUAGGUGCCGAGGACUUUCCCGUCAUAACAUUCUGCGACCAAAAUAUUUUGGACCACACUGUGAUUAGUAAAUUUCUGAAUGACAGCAACACUGCCUAUUACCUGGCCAAGCUAAACGAGAUCACUGGAUUCUAUCACCGCUUUGCCAGGAAUGUCAUGUCGAAAGUCAAGAUUCCACCCAAGAAUGACAGCAUCAAUACCAGUGAGACCAUUCCUGAGGCGAUACAGAAGUUUUUGGAGAUAUUGAAAAACCCAAGAAACCAACUGUACUGCUCCUGGGGGGACUACUUUUGGAAAAAUUGUCCAUGCACAAACUUCCGGCUGACCUCUAUGGGCGUCUGCGCAAGCGUGGACGUGAGGAAGUUAGCUAAGUCCAUUCAAGAUAACUCUACAGAGCACGAAGAUAUCAGUGGGGCACCAUCCGUGGCCAACGCCAUGAGGGGGCUAACGUUUUAUAUAGAUGUCCCAUCUGAAGAGGUGCCACAUAGGCUCUGGCAUCUAGACGGAUUCAAGCUUGUUUUGCACGAGCCAGAAGAAGAGCCUCUGCCUUUGUCCAGUGGUGUACUUGUAGAGUUUGGUACUACAGUGGAAGUGGAGAUCAGUAAAAAUGUGAAAGAAGGUCUGCCACCGCCCUUCAAGGCCUUUGGGGGCAGCAUCUGUGUGGACACACGCUCCAACUCAUUUGACAGCCCUUUGAAACGGUUUCGUCACUACACGAAGGAGGCUUGCGAGACGGAGUGUUUUAUUAAUUUUGUGGUAGACACGUGUGAGGGAUGCAAGCACUUUCUUCACCCAGGAAAUGAAACUACUUGUGAAGUAUCCCACCUGGCAAGCUGUUAUGAGAAAGCUCAAAGGUUGUACUACGGAGGAAGCAAUAGGACCAAAUGCCAAUGUCCACUACCAUGUGUGCAAUCAACAUAUAAAGCCGCGGUCACUACAACCAAGUUUAGGGCCACAAAGUAUUUCAAAGAUAUACAGGUACAAUAUAACAGAACCUUGAAUCAGAACGUGGCAUACAUUCACCUGUAUUACUCGGACCCAAUCGUCAGCACUAUGAGGCAGGUGGCUAUUUAUUCAGCUGAAGGAUUACUAGGGUCAAUCGGAGGUCAGAUUGGCCUCUUCAUGGGUUUCAGCCUGGUGACAGUCGCUGAGAUGCUGGAACUCAUCUUCCUCCUGGCCACAAGAGGCAGGAAACUGGACGAACGCGUGAAACGUCACAAGGAAACCCAGGACGCGGUCCAGGCUGCCAUGCAGGCUAACGCUUAAACUUGACCAUUUCAUCUGUCAAUUGCCCAAACCAAACGUCCGCGGGACAUUUUUUUUUUAUUUCGGAACUUUUAAAAUAUACUUUCGUGUCAUUUUUGGUAUCAUGUUGUUCUACAUUAACAUAAUGAAGAAAUCUCGAGAAAGUUUGCUGGAUGACAAGUUACAUCCAUGUAUAUGCAAAUGAAAAAGAAAAUCUGUCCAGCUUUUAAACACAUAUUUACCCAUUUACUUCUGGUGAAGAGAAAAUUGUAUAUUAUUUUAUUUUUUUAUUAAGGCGAGUAAACAAUGAAUAUUUCAAAAUUGAAUCAUUAUGCUGCAGGCUCCAGAAUUAAACGAGUUUUAAGAGUAACUUUGCAUGGCACUUAGAACAGAUUGCGUUAUUGUUACAGAUCUCGUAACAGUUCAUUCACCUUCACCUAUCCCUUAGUUAGUUGGACCGUUGGGGCACCAUACAAGAUUUGUCUACCAUCUUUCUCCAUUCCUCUGUGUCGUUUGCCUUGGAUAGAACCUCUAUCAAUGGCAGGCCCGUCCAUUCUUUUAUGUUGCCUUCCCAUCGCUUUCUCUGUCUGCCUCUUCUUCCUUUUCCUGGUCUGUUCCCUGAAGGAAUGUCUUUGCAAGCCUCAACACUUGUAAUAUGGUCAUAGAGUUUUGGUUUAUGUUUUGUUUUUAUAGUAGUUAGCAGGUCAUCGUGGGGUUCAAUCUCUGUAAUAACCCUGUCUUUAAUCUCUUCGUUUGUGAUGCGGUCUUUGACUGUCAUGCCUUGCAUCCUUCUGUAGCAUCUCAAUUCCAUUGCUAGGAUUCUCCUCUCUGUCUCUACAGUCAGCGUCCAAGACUCGCAAGCAUAUAAGAAUGUGGCCAUGACCAUGGAGCGCUUCAGCUCAUAAGACUGAUAAACCAUGGAUAGUUAAGAAAAAUAAUUAGAAUUGGUCUUCGGGUCUUGAACAAGAUGGUUUAGACGUUGAAUACUAUAGAAAUAAAGAUUUAAUGACAAGAGACCAUCGUCCCCUUGGUCCAAUGAACGUAGUUUAAAUAUUCAACCAGUUGUAUGAAGUAUGUCAUUGUUACCUUCACUCCUUUCUCGUGAAUGUAUCGAACUGGUGUCUAAAAUACAACAAUGGUUAUCGAAGUCAGUUAAAUCUUGUUGGUAUCAAGCCAAGUACAGCAUCCAACAGUUACACACGUUCAUUAAACACUGUCUUUACCAAAUAGAUAUCCAAAAAGAUAUCCAAAUAGAUAUCCAAAUAGAUAUAAAAUAGAUAUCCAAAUAGAUAUCCAAAUAAAUAUCCAAAUAGAUAUCCACAUAGAUAUCCUAACAAAUCACAAUUGACGAAAUGGCAAUGAUAUUGAUUUUUGGUGAUUUUUCUUUUUUCAUUUUUCAAACCCAUUUCAGUUUCAUGCCUGAUUUGAACACAUCUCUUUCCAUGCCGCGAUGUAGACGCGUUGCAAGGGAGGGUGUCACCAGGUCUGAUCCGCUAUUAGUGUGACCUUAAACAACCCUUUCCCAAAUUUAACUUUACAAAAAAAAAAUAGCGUUAGUUAAUUUAUUAUUUAAAAAGAUAUAUACAAAUUGGGUGUACACGACUGUACAAUGUGGGCACAGAUUCUUUUCUUUCUAAAUUUCUAACAUUUACUAUAUCCCCCUAGAUCAGGGGUUCUCAACCUGUGGGUCGCGACCCCCUUGGGGGUCGAUUGACCAUUUGCCAGGGGUCGUCUAAGACCAUCGAAACUAUGGAUUGUUAUUAUCUAUUCUUCUAUUGCUGUAUUUGUGUGUGUGUGAGGGGGCGGGGGGCGGGCAGAGUGGGGGAUUGUAAAAAGGGGUCGCCAAACUUAAAAGGUUGAGAACCGCUGCCCUAGAUACUUGUUAUCCGGAGCAGUUAAACAUCCCCUCAGCAUCUGAGCGCCGCCACUGCAGUGAUAUAUUUAUAUUCUCGCCAUGUUGAGUCUAACCAUUGUAGUGUUUCCUUGAUACUAAUUCCCGUGAAGUAGUUAGAAACUACAAUGUACUGAAUAUUGUUGACAUGCAUAUUUUUUGUGACUUAUUUUUUUAUUUUUUUUAUCUUUCAACUUUUUUGUCAAGUGUAUUUUUUUUCCUAUGUCACGUGUCACGACCAUUGUGUAAAUGGAAUAAAAGGCAGAGAUUAAUGUAUCAAAAACAUGGAAUGAAUGAAAGAAAGAUGAAGUCUACUGUACAUAAAUAUAUCACCGUAGAGAUGUUUUCUUUGUGUGUGUUUACAGUGAACAUUCUUUGAACUUUUACCUGAAUGUCUAAAUCUAUUUCACCCUCAUAACUAAUGUAUUCAGCUUUUUAUUUAAUGUACGUUCACUGAUACUAACUCUGAGUCUUGAUGGUUGCCUGGUGGUGUGGUAUGCGCUCUGGGCUGUGAUAGUCUCUACGGCCUGGGUUUGAAUCCUUCCCACCGCCAUCUCGCCGUUCUGCGAGAGAUGUUGGCUAGGAUGUAAUCAUCUUCACUUCCGAAGGAACAAGGAAACACAAGUGAACAUUUAUUUGUGAACAUUUAUAAAUAUUCAUUCAUUCGUCCCCAUCAAAUGAGUUUGUUUAAAAGUCAUUUGAACUCGUGUUGGAGUGCAUUGAAGACAGCGAGGGCUAUCCAGUGUUGUCAUAGUUCAAUACUGAAUCUUGUAUUCGGUUAAUUACAUUUGUUAUAUAUAUUGUAGACUUAUCAACACGAAUUAGUUCUGCAGUCAUUUUCUUGCACGCUAAGUGAUGACUGCUUAACCUACGUGUGGUCAACAGUCAGCGAGACAACAUCGCUAUUGUAUUGGAUACGUUGAAAUGUACUCUCUAGUUUUUUUUUAAUGCUUCAAUUUGUACGUUCUUUUUAUUAUUUGAAUUCAUCAUUUUAUCUUGUACCUAGUAUCACGUGGUCACGAAUUGUCCAUUCAUGAAGCGAGUUCAAUUCUUCACAUUCGAACUGAGUUAUUAGAUUUUAUUCUCUUUUCAAUGACUUCAUUUGUGUUACCAAAACUAUUGAAAUUUAAAUUUUCGCUUCUGGAGCCAUAAUUGGGAUAAUACAGACAGAAGGCAAACAAUUAAAAAAAGAAGUUGUUACUUUACACUAAAUUUGUAUUUCGGCUUGACAAAUGAUUUGCCAAAAAAAAAAAGAAGUUGUUACUUUACACUAAAUUUGUAUUUCGGCUUGACAAAUGAUUUGCCAAAAAAAAAAGUUGUUACUUUACACUUAUAUUGUAUUUCGGCUUGACAAAUGAUUUGCCAAAAAAAAAGUUGUUACUUUACACUAAUAUUGUAUUUCGGCUUGACAAAUGAUUUGCCAAAAAAAAAAGUUGUUACUUUACACUAAAUUUGUAUUUCGGCUUGACAAAUGAUUUGCCAAAAAAAAAAGUUGUUACUUUACACUAAAUUUGUAUUUCGGCUUGACAAAUGAUUUGCCAAAAAAAAAAAGCCUUGAAGAGAAAAUGACAACAAGGUCCAAGAUCUUGUUUCCGAAGUUAGCGCAUUAUGGAACAGAAUGAACACAUGAAGAAUGUGUUGAUGCCUAAUCUGGAACUGUAAAGUUUGUGCUGAUCAGAAGAUUGUUUCAGUACCCGUAGCAUGAGUUCGUUUCAACAGACUUACAGAACAAGACUUUUACAUUAAAGUAAAUCAACAGGAUUUUAUCAAAUAUUAUCACUAUAUAAGUCACUAUAACAUAAGAUAUUGCUCCUAUCAAAGCCUAGCCUUAACUGUCUGUUUAUCUAGAUCUAACCUACAGUCCCCCUUGGAAUUAAUGUGGUCACGAUUGCGCGUUCACUAGCAGUCACCUAAAGUGUGUCUCUCCGUAGGACAAAUUCUUACGAGUUCCCUUUCUGCUGCUGUGCUAUUAGAGGAUGAAACAGUUUGCCUGAACCAACCAAGAAAACUAAUGACAGAGCAGAGUUUAACUAUCUACUGGACCUCACUCUUUAAUCGUAAACAAACAACAUUGAGUCGCGUGCUUCUCUAUCUCUUCGAUACAAAUUACGAUCUAAUUUUAAUCAACCAUGGUUAACACGUGACAGUUUUCUUUUAUUUUUUCGUUGUUUUAGCAAUAUUAUCACGUGACCGUUUGUUUUGGUAAUUGAGAUCCAUUAAGAUGGACGACUAGAUUGACACUUGGAUAAAUUUACAAUGUAAUUUUUUUGCGAAGGAGAGACAUAAAGCCUACAUAUGUAUAGCCAUUAGGGAACUAAUGUUCAAGACAGAUUUUCCUAUUAAGAUCCCAAUAUAUAAUGCAAGCAUUUUGUUAACAAUUUAUUAAUUUAGAGCUAGAUCUUUCAAGUGAACAACAAGAUGAUAAGAGAUUCAGUUUAAAAA